UGAUGCGGAAGAAUUACAAUCUCAUGCUACAGUUGCACAUGUGUUUGUGUAUUAGACAUUUAUUGCUAGAAAUAUGUUGUUUUAGGAUAUUUAUUGUUGCAUUAAUUUAGAAUUAGAUGAUAUAAGUGAAAUUACAAAUUGCUUAAAGACUACGAUUUAUGCUGUUGUUUGAGCUUGGUAAACAGUAACGCAUUUGAACAGUGUUAGCAAGCUAGCUGCAAUGUUAUAGUGUGUUAUGUUGUCACAUUGAUUCAUUUAGCACAUGAAACAUUUGUAGCACUGACACGUCACAUUACAUAACUGGACAGUCUUAUCUACCAUGACUAUGACGGAGGAAGCACCGAGAGUCCCCGAGUGCGACAUCUCAGAACAUGAAGGGUUCUAUGGAACCAUCAAGAAGUUCACCAGAGACUUUGUAGUCACAGAGAUAGACAUCCAUGGCCAGAUGGUCACUAAACCCAGUGUAUCUGAUGUUCCUCAAUCAUCCAACAUUACUGAGGCAUGUCCAGGUGCCAAGUCUGAAGGAAAGACAAAUAUUAUUAGCCCAAAACAUCAACACAACCUCAAAGAAGAGAAUUCAGAACCUGGACCCGGUCAGAAUGGUGACAUCACAUCCACCGCCAGCCAAGACUGUUUUGACCUGAGCAUAAUACUGGGUCCGGCUGUCUGUGAAGAGCUAGAGCAGUUCACUGCUUUAUUGAGAGAGAUGUCAUCAAGUCCCAAUGAUGGCGUUGAGAAGAAGCUGGCCAACCAAGAAUCAUCCAAUGGCAGUGAGAAGAAGAUGGCCAAUCAAGAGUUAUCCCUGGGUUCAUUCCCAGACAAACACCAAAGAGCUAAUGUCCACCGAGCUGUCCGACACAGCUUUCCCUUCCUGUUGACAGUAACCAACCAAUCAGAGAUCAGGGUUAAGGAGAACCCUGACUUUAAGCUCCUAUCAGGUUUGGUCUCUGAGGAGGAGGCCGAAGACUUUAUCAGGUUCAUCGACACCAAGAUGCCUAAUUCUGUGUACACAUUCAGGAGUGAUGACAGUAAGGAGCACAGGACGGCAGUGCACCACUUCCUCAGUAGACGGUUUGGUAAACUGGUGGAGACCAAGAGCUUCAGUGACCAGCAGCAGAAGACUACGGCCAUUACGGUCAGGUUGAGAGAAAAAGGGAAACCCAGGAAGAGGACGGCUGAUGACAGUAAAGAGGAAGAGGUCUAUACAGCGUUCACUCUGAGGAAGGAGAACCUGGAGACUCUGGAGGCUAUCAGCUACAUGGCAGCUGUCCUGGGGCUGCUGCCCUCUGAUUUCACCUACGCUGGCAUCAAGGACAAGAGGGCCGUCACCUACCAGUCCAUGGUGGUCAAGAAGAUCUCACCACAACGGCUGAGAGAGAAGGCCAGUGAGUUUGAGAAGAGGGGGGUGGUCCUCUCCUCCGUCCGCUCCGUCUCUGAGCCUCUUCAUCUGGGUAGACUCCAGGGGAACCACUUUGACCUGGUGGUACGGGAUCUGAGGCCACACCAGGGUCAUGGCACACUGAUGGAGCUGGACUCACUGGUGCAGGAGGCUGUGGAGAACGUAAAGGUCAAGGGGUUUGUGAACUACUAUGGACCUCAGAGGUUUGGGACUGGACAGAGUGUUCAGUCUGACCGCGUCGGACUGGCCCUGCUCAAAGAGGAGAUGGUGGCAGCUGUCCGUCUGUUUUUCACACCAGAAGAGGGUGACGACCCUCAGAGCGUUGCCAAGAGACACUUCCUCCAGACUGAUAAUGCCAAGGAGGCCCUGUCUCUGAUGCCCAUGUCCAAGGCCAGAGAGAGAAUGAUGCUGAGGGCCCUACAUCGCUAUGGGACGGGCCCAGAGGGCUGCACCCGUGCCUGGCUCAGCCUGCCCCAUGGGAUGAGGGUCUUCUACCCCCACGCAUACUGCAGCCGGGUCUGGAACGAGGCGGCUGCACACAGGCUGACCACGCUGGGCCACAGGGCCAGGCAGGGAGAUCUGGUCUGGAAGCAGAGGAGAGAGGAGGGGAUAGAGGCGGGAGAAACCAGCUUACCUCAGAUUCAUGUUGUUACUGCUGCAGAGGAGGAGGAGGAAGUCUACUCACUAGGACAGGUGGUUCUUCCCAUGCUUGGCAACAGUGUGAAGUACCCAGAGAACCCUGUAGGGGGCUGGUACCAGGAGAGACUGGCGAGGGAUGGACUACAGAGCUGUCGUUUCAGAGUCACUCCUCUCAAACUGAACCUCCCUGGCUGCUACCGCCCCUUACUGGCCAUCCCACAUAGCCUGACCUACAGGCUGGAGCAGGGCCAGAGAGCUGGGGAGAGGCAACAGGAGUGGAAUGGAAAGUCACAGGCUAGUGGAGCGGUACCACAGCACCCCGGCACAGACACAACUAGACCUGGAGGUCUGGAGAGGCAGAGAGGAGGGGAGAGCGUGCAGGGUAAUGGAGAGGGGGAGUCAACGGUGCAGUACCCUGACACAGACACAACUAGACCUGGAGGUCUGGAGAGGCAGAGAGGAGGGGAGAGCGUGCAGGGUAAUGGAGAGGGGGAGUCAACGGUGCAGUACCCCGGCACAGACACAACUAGACCUGGAGGUCUGGAGAGGCAGAGAGGAGGGGAGAGCGUGCAGGGUAAUGGAGAGGGGGAGUCAACGGUGCAGUACCCCGGCACAGACACAACUAGACCUGGAGGUCUGGAGAGGCAGAGAGAAGGGGAGAGCGUGCAGGGUAAUGGAGAGGGGGAGUCAACGGUGCAGUACCCUGACACAGACACAACUAGUUUGACGUUGAACUUUGACCUGGACUCUUCCUGCUACGCCACCGUCUGCCUCAGAGAGGUCAUGAAAUGUGACCCUUAAACUGGAGUCUCAGAUGUUGUAUGUACUACUGUGUGUACAGUAUUUUGAUUAAUAUUGUACUUUGUACACAGUAUGGCCUCUUGUGUACAUGUAGGAUACUGCUACAGUAUUGUGUUGUGUACACAGUAUGGCCUCUUAAGUACUUGUAGGAUACUGCUACAUUAUUGUGAUCAGUUUGCUGAUUCGUUGCCUGAUUUGUCAGACAUGUCGUUAAUAAAAAAAAUGUUUUGUUAAUUUA